GCCUCUCCCGCUGGCUCUUCCCGCACGGCAAAAUCCCGCCCCUGACCUGUCUCCCAGGCUACCUCGCUUCGCGCCGCACAGGAACCCCGCCCCUAGUCUCUCCUCCCGCCUAUCCUGAGCCGCGUGCGCACAAAUCCCUCCUACGGACCCGCCCACUCUGAGCCUCAACCUGGCCCCUGGGCCUUUCCCGCGCCGCGCAGUCAUGAUCACCGACGCACGAGUCCCACCCCCGAUCUCACCCUCGGCCUAUCCCGCGCCGCUCUGCGCAGGAGCCCCGCCUCCUACCUCGCCCGCAGCCUAUCACGCGCUGCGUCGCUCUCUCGCCCUCAAAUUCGCUCACGUCCGCGGAUGGGCGCGCGGCUGUGACGUCACGGCGUCGGCGGUAGGGGGCUGGCGGCGGCGGAGCUGCGUAGCUCCCGGCCCGUGGCGAUGCCCAAGCGGGGCUGCCCCUUCGGGGACGCGGCCCCGCUACAGCUCAAAGUGCGCGUGGGCCAGAGGGAGCUGAGCCGCGGCGUGUGCGCUGAGCGCUACUCGCAGGAGGUCUUCGAGAAGACCAAGCGACUGCUCUUCCUCGGGGCCCAGGCCUACCUGGACCAUGUAUGGGAUGAAGGCUGUGCCGUUGUUCACCUACCAGAGUCCCCAAAGCCUGGCCCUGCAGGGGCCCCGAGGGCUGCACGUGGGCAGAUGCUGAUUGGACCAGAUGGCCGCCUGAUCAGGAGCCUUGGGCAGGCCUCUGAAGCUGACCCAUCCGGGGUAGCGUCCAUCGCCUGCUCCUCAUGUGUGCGAGCCGUGGAUGGGAAGGCGAUCUGCGGCCAGUGUGAGCGAGCCCUGUGUGGGCGGUGUGUGCGCACCUGCUGGGGCUGUGGCGCUGUGGCUUGUACCCUGUGUGGCCUCGUGGAGGCAGGGUCAUCUCAGUGUCUGGUGGCCCUCUCACCAAGGCAGAAUUGAACACAGCAUGGACAGUUCAGCGGAGAGGUGGGUCCCAGAGCCCCACGUGGCUGGGCAUCCUCUUGCCCUGCACACCACCCUUGAGGGACUCCCUCAUGCGUGUUUCCUCUGGCCUCUGCCUACUUUCUGCGCUUUCUUCCCCUCAUACCCGUAGAGUUCACAAAGAGCUGCCUCAGUGGACCACUGUCCCCACCGUGGACACACUCCUUUAUCAGCCACAGCACAGGAGGUGGGCUCUGCCCACUUUCACGAAUAAAUCACUUGUUCCAGGUCACAAGUCAGAAGUGGCAUUCCGAGGUCCGGCUGCCUGGCCUGUGGCGCCCGCAGUCUUGUACCCACUCUCCUGCCAUCUUCUGGUUCAGGACCAGGAGUCACGUGAGUGGCAGAAAACAAGGAUCUGUUCACAUGGCUUUGGCUUAACACAGACGCAGCCCAGCAGCCAUCGGCAUCCCGCCUGCACUGGCCCACGCCUGACCUGUCCUCUGCAGGGCUCUCCAGCUGGCUGCUGGUGGCAGGGAGGGGCUGUCAUCACGGCUCACACAUAGCACUGCUGGCAAACUCCGCAACACCAGGUGGCAAGCAGUUCUGGCUGCCUUGGUGACUACAUGGUCCUUUUGUAUUUGACGUAGCCGUUGCCAAUCUUGUUUCCUUGAAGCAUCUCUCCUAGUCAGUUUCUCCCUGUGCUGUGCGGGGUUCUGUGGCCUUUACCCUUAGAGCUUUUUUUUUUUUGAGACAGAGUCUCGC